UGCUGGGUUUCGCUCGCCUCCACCUCACCUUGAGAGAAAAGCCGGCGGAGAGGGAUCGUGAGGCGAGAUGGUGCAGCGAUUAACCUACAGGAAAAGGCACAGCUAUGCCACCAAGUCGAAUCAGACUAGGGUCGUCAAAACCCCAGGUGGGAGGCUUGUGUAUCAGUACACGAACAAGCGAGCUAGUGGGCCGAAAUGCCCUGUCACUGGCAAGAGGAUCCAAGGGAUUCCUCACUUAAGACCAGCUGAGUAUAAGAGAUCUAGAUUGUCCCGAAACCAGAGGACUGUGAACCGUGCUUAUGGUGGAGUGUUAUCUGGAAGCGCCGUCAGGGAAAGGAUCAUUCGGGCAUUCUUGGUCGAAGAACAGAAGAUUGUCAAAAAGGUUUUGAAGAUCCAGAAGGCCAAAGAGAAGCAAGCCUCAAAGAGCUAAGGCAUGAAAGCAGGCUUCAAAUAUUUAAGAGUUUUGUUUUAUCUUGAAAAUUUUGUUCCGAUUCAUUAAGUGCUAUCGCUCUGUGUACUAGAAUUUUUGGUAAUAUGGUUUGUUCCAUUGUUUGCCUAUCUAUGGUUGUACUUCAUGCUUGAACCAGUUAACUUUUUCUUGAAUUUAUAAUCAGUAGUAUUUUACGAUA